ACUACAAUUUUUAAUAUUACUCGAAUUGGUUUUUUUUUCCUUUUAAUUUCCAUUUUCCAUCUCCCUGGCCUUUCCAUUAUCAAAAGAGGAGUGCUCAAAUAGAUUAUAAAAUGUCAAGUUUGAGAAAUUAAAAUCACAACAACAAACUACACUAGCUGAUCAUCAAUCAAAACCCAUCAUCAACAUGCAGCAAAACUACAACCCCAAUGGCUACAUGGAGCACGCCGUCACCUUCAACACCCACACCAUCCAAACCCUCUUCACCUCAGAUCCCUCCCACGUCGACUCCUGGCUCUCCGAAACCACCCGCCACCGCAACAACAAACUCCCCUUCAUCGUCGGUCUCGACAUCGAGUGGCGCCCCAACACCCAAGCCUUCAAGAACAACCCCGUCGCCCUCCUCCAACUCUGCGUCGACCACCGCUGCCUCGUCUUCCAAAUCAUCCACGCACCCUCCAUCCCUGACUCUCUGUCUUCCUUCCUCUCCAACCCCCAACACACGUUUGUAGGCGUUGGGAUCCAGGGUGACGUCGAUAAGCUUCUCAAGGACCGGUCCUUCACGGUGGCCAAUGCCGUCGACCUCCGCACGCUCGCCGCUGAGGUGUACGGUGAUCCGGAGAUGAUGAAGGCUGGGUUGAAGGCGUUGACGCAGCGUGUGCUUGGUAUGAAUGUUGAGAAGCCGAAGAAGAUAUCGACGAGCAAGUGGGAUGAUCGUUACCUGAGUGUGGAGCAGGUUCAGUAUGCGGCUAUUGAUGCCUUUGUUUCCUUUGAGAUUGGACGCUGCAUCUAUUCUAUUAGGUCUUGAUUCGUUGUUCUCUGUAUCUGGUGUUGUCUUUGGGAUUAAUUAGUUUUGGUUUGUUUUC